AUGCAAACCACCAUUUUAGAGCCUGAUGAUGAUUUGGAACUCAUGGAGAGAAUCAAGAAAGACAGAAAGAAGCGGAUUGAAAAACAAACCGUACUUAAUUCAACCAAAGACAGAGAAUAUUUACAAGAUGUUAUUUACAAGCUUAGCAAAGUAGGCCAAGCCAUCGAGAACAAUGAUCUCCCGUCUGCUGGUUCAGUCCUUGGUCAAACCCCUGAUGCAGACUGGCUCAAGAUGGCCAAUGAAGCCCUCUCAAAGUUGAGUUCGAGCCCUGAGGAGAUGUCUGAGGUGGAUGCAUUCAACUCGUCGUUGACUUCUUUGUAUUCAUCAGUAACAAAGAAUGACAUAGAAGCAUCGAAAUCAGCUUUUGUGGACUCCGCAAGUGCAUUUGAGAAGUGGACAACAUUGACUGGUUUGGUUGGACAGCUAAAAGGCCUUUGAGCAUAUUUAGGCUCCUUCCUU